AGGAGGCAGCAGUGGGUUCCUUUGGUCUUCCCUGCCCCUGCUUGGUGCCCACGUCUCCUUAAGUGCAAGCAGGGCCACAGCCACCUGCCUCCCUCACUUCCUGGUGUCAGCUCAAAUCAGGCUGAAUUGCUGUAGCUCCAGGGGAUUACCUGGAUCCCUCAGUUGAGGGAGCCACAGACUCGCCCAAAGGCACUUUGCCAGGUGACUUGGGUGUGGAAACUGCUAGAGGAGAAAGGGGUCGGUGUACUUUCUGUGCUGGGUGGAAUGGUGUGAAUGGAGUGGGUCCAUCCUUGGACGCGGAAGGACUGGGGUCGGGUAGGAGGAGAGACAGGAGGCCCGGAUGGAAUCUGUGCUUGGGACUGGAACAGGGCCUGGCAGACAGUAAACUCUCACUUGCCGCUGAGCUCCUGGUGAGGGGUCAGCACCAUUGUGACAUCACCAUGAAUGCUGCACUGUUUCAGUUAUCUACGGCCAGGCUGUCACGCCUCCUGUGGGAAGCCAGCCCGGGUUGCUUUGCACAGAAGAGGACGAAGUCGCUUUGAGGAAGGGAUCUUGUUCCUGUCAUUGCCCUUUGCAGCCGCUACAAAGGAGCCCCAGCCUUAAAUGCAGUUAUUCCCGUCUUACCCAGUGGAGGCGGUAGAGAGCAAGGGAGCACACAGGGCGCUAUUGAGGUCUAAGGCUAAUUAAUCACUUUCCCUCUCUGGGCCUCGGUUUCCCCUUAUGUUACACAACCAGGAGAGUCUAGUUCGUGCAUUGCGGGACAGCCUGAACUACAAGGCUUCAGAGGACACGAGCGACCCGGAAGACUUUCCUGCCACAUUCCAAAGCCGGUGUGAGGGGCGUCGAUGGCGGAGGCUGCGGAGGCGGCAGCCGAGAGCGGUGGUGGCGGUGACUCCGGGGUUGGCACGUGCGAACGCGGGGUGGCGCCCAUUAAAGCUCAGUACCGCACCACCAAAGAACAGUUCCACGAAUACCUGGAUGGAGACAAGCAGGAGAGUGCAUGCCGGGAAAUGCCCACAGGAGACCCAGCUGAGCCAGGUGCCAAAAGAAUUCGCCUGGAAGAUGCGCAGGAGAAUGGGAAGACAGAGAUGGCAAUUGAGUCCCAUGAAAGGCAGGUGCCCAAGAGGGCCCGUGGCCAAAACAAAAGCCGGCCCCACAUGAAGCCAGCACAGUAUGACAAGGACAGGCUCUGCCCGUCCCUCCUCCAGGAGUCGGCCACUCCAUGUACAUUUGGAGACCGUUGCCGCUUCCUGCAUGAUGUGCAGCGCUACCUGGAGACCAAACCAGCAGACCUGGGCCCCCGCUGUGUGCUCUUCGACACCUUCGGCCGGUGCCCUUUCAGCAUGACCUGUCGCUUUGCUGGAGCACACCUGGGUCCUGAGGGUCAGAACCUGGUGCACGAGGAGUUGGUGGCCCGCUGUGCACAACUCCCUUCUGUGCGAAAUGGCCUAGACAGGGCCCUGCAGCAGCAGCUGCGGAAGCGCCAAGUAUGCUUUGAGCGAGCUGAGCAGGCCCUGUGCCACCUCACCCAGGGCCCUAUGCCCACUAUUGUCCCUGAGACCACUGUGGCCAUGUUGACCCCAAAGCAGAAUAGCUGCCACACCCAGCUAGAUACUGUAGGAGGAGUCGGCACCCCACAAGGCAACCCUGUGCCCACCUGUGGCCCCUUGACAGAUGAGGACGUAAUCCGACUGCGGCCCUGUGAGAAGAAGCGGCUAGACAUCAGUGGAAAGCUGUACCUGGCUCCUUUAACCACGUGUGGAAACCUACCCUUUCGCCGCAUUUGCAAGCGCUUUGGUGCAGAUGUGACCUGUGGUGAGAUGGCCAUGUGCACGAACCUGCUCCAGGGACAGAUGUCUGAGUGGGCUUUGCUCAAGCGUCACCCCUGUGAGGACAUCUUUGGGGUGCAGCUGGAGGGCGCGUUCCCCGACACCAUGACCAAAUGUGCUGAGCUCCUCAACCGCACGAUUGACGUGGACUUCGUGGACAUCAAUGUGGGCUGCCCCAUCGACCUUGUUUAUAAGAAGGGUGGUGGCUGUGCACUUAUGAAUCGCUCCGCCAAGUUCCAGCAGAUCGUGCGGGGCGUUAAUGAGGUGUUGGACGUGCCAUUGACCGUGAAGAUGCGCACAGGUGUCCAGGAGCGUGUGAGCCUGGCACACCGACUGCUGCCUGAACUGAGGGAUUGGGGUGUCGCACUGGUCACGCUCCAUGGCCGCUCCCGGGAACAGCGCUACACCAGACUGGCCGAUUGGCUCUACAUAGAACAGUGUGCCAAGGUGGCCAGCCCCAUGCCCCUGUUUGGAAAUGGGGACAUCCUUUCAUUUGAGGAUGCCAACUGUGCCAUGCAGACAGGUGUUGCGGGGAUCAUGGUUGCCCGUGGUGCCUUGCUCAAGCCCUGGCUGUUCACGGAGAUCAAAGAACAGAGGCACUGGGACAUCUCGUCCUCUGAGCGCCUGGACAUCCUGAGGGACUUCACACACUACGGCCUAGAGCACUGGGGCUCUGACACACAGGGUGUGGAGCGGACCCGUCGCUUCCUUCUCGAGUGGCUCUCCUUCCUUUGCAGGUAUGUGCCUGUGGGCCUGCUCGAGCGACUUCCACAGAGGAUCAAUGAGAGGCCACCUUAUUACUUAGGCCGUGACUACCUGGAGACACUCAUGGCCAGCCAGCAGGCUGCAGACUGGAUUCGCAUCAGUGAGAUGCUGCUUGGACCAGUACCUCCUGGCUUUGUCUUCCUGCCUAAGCACAAAGCCAAUGCCUACAAGUAGCCAAUAGAGACAAUAAAUUUUAUUCUUCUAUAA